ACAGAACCUGUAACGUGCAGUUUGUGUCAACGGCCAGUGUUCGUAAUGGUCGAGUGGAACAUUCUACUCUAGAUGUAGCCAGGGCUUGCGAGCUAGCAUUGCAGCUAGCAGUGUAUUGUCAAUGCUCUAAUGGCGAUAACAGCUGAUUUCUUUCACUUAAGUGAAGCCGUGGCUCAAGACCUUGACGGCUACAGGGCUCUCAUUUUGGUUUAGCCCCUUUCUCGUACCAGGACGACAGAAUAGCGCUAUUUUAGAAAAGCCAGUUGACCUUUCAGUGGACGAGCUAGCAGCCUCUGUAGCAAAAACAGUAAUGUGACGACGUGAUGUGUGGCCAGCUAGCAAUGGUGCAGGGACUGGGGGAAGCGUCAUCAGAGCAGAAAGAAAAGCCUGUGUUCAUCCAUAAAACCAGCUCUGGUUUCUACUCUGCAUUGGUCAUUAAAAUGGUGUGACAGACUCACUUCAGAGAGCUGGAUACAACCUCCACUAAACAUGGAGGACUCUCCUCACUUGUACAUCUCUGAAAUUGGCAACAAUGAAGCCAUGGAGGGAGAUGGGGAGGAGGAGGAUAUUUAUCAAGAGGAAACUAACAUGCAGCCAGACAUCAAGUCACUGUAUCCUGAUCUUUAUAUACAUCCCAACCAGGAUACCGAGAGAGACUGGAACUCUUUUCCCUGCCAGCACUGUGAGAGACAUUUCACCAGCAAACAAGGCUUAGAACGACACAUGCACAUUCACGCUUCGGAGAACGUCGAGGCACACGCUUACAAAAGCCGCCAGAGCAACAUGUCCUUUGGUUCAAAUGCGGGUCAGUCGCAGCAUGAGAAGAUGAAGCCUCUGGACUCAGUGGGCUCAGUCAUGCAGCUUCACGCUUCAUCCCCCGCUAGCUCUAAGACUUCCAGCAGCGCUCAGCCGGACAAACUGGGAGUAUUAGAGGGGCAUCAUGCUUGCAAGUAUUGUGAAAAGAUGUUCACUACGCAUACCAACAAGCGACGACAUGAGCGCAGGAUCCACGAGCAGCAUCUGCAAGUCUCACGUGUGGAAAAAACCCAGCUGGCCCAAGAGGGAAAUCUCCAGAGGAUGCUCGGUGAACCUUCUCAACAGGAAACGGAGAUCGGUGACGAUGCAGCACCCGCAGCUGUUCUGGAGAAUGACGUGGGAUGCGGAGAACAAUACAUGCUCGAUGUCUCCGGCAAUAUUUCAGAGAAUCUCAGCUUUUAUAUUGAUGGAAAGAUAGUGUCGACAAGUACAGUCAGUAGCUGUGAAGCACCCGAGAGUCAUUCUGGGUCUUCGACUUUAAUUGGACUGGACGCCCUGAUUCUAGACCCCGGCCAAAUCAGCCAGGUUUUAAAUACAGAUUCAGUCGCAGGCAAAGAGAUACCUGGUCAACCACAGGUCAGAAGAAGAACUGCAACGCCACCUCUUUUACCGCAAAUUAAAACUGAACUGGAGUCUGAGGUGGUUGCGUCGUCAUCCUCCCUUGUAUCCUCUUUAAGAGAGAAUCUACUUCCUCAGAAUGCCGAGUCCACAGCUGUGCAGAAGGAAAGAACGGUGUUUCUGUCUCCGAAGCUGAAGCAGCUCCUGGAGAAGCAGGACGGCCUUAAACCUACACUUGCCCUCAUCGCAGAUGCCCAGAAGCCCUGUUCACCCGUCUCUCUGUCCGCCCUGGCUGCUGGAACAGGUAGGUUCAAAAGAAGGACUGGGUCUCCACCGAGCUCUCCAACAUCUAAAGACGAAACGGCAGAUAGCGGAGAUUGUGACGCUGUAAGUACAGGGCCGAUAGAGACCCAACAUAGUUCACCCAUGCACCAAACAGCCGAUGCGAAGGAUGACACAACUCCACCUGUGGAGGAGCCGGCAGUGAAACCUGUACCCACAGCCGGCGGUAAUUCCUGUAAUCAGCAACCACUGGAUCUCUCUAAUACGGUCAAAAGAAGUGAAGAUUUAGCUUUAACUGAUGCAGUGCUGGAUUUGAGCUUUCAAAGGAAGACACUAGGUAAAUCUGAACUGACAUUGGAACUAGUUUCACAGGCAGUUUUGAAAGCAGGGAAAUCAAAUACAUGCAUUGCAGAGACGGCCGUGAUGAAUCUCGCAGAGCAUAAUGUAAGCCUAGGGAACCCGGAGAUCCCUUUAGUCACAGACUUCACAAUACUUAGAGGUCCAGAUGUGAUGGAGCCCAUGGCAGAGGGACUUGUUUACGGGCUUGCGCUUCCCUCCAGUUCUCUGACUCCAUCCCCCGCAUCCCUUACCCCGGCUUCGCCGUGCACCAUAGCCUUUGCUUCCCCAGCCUCACACUCAGUGCUCCCCACCACUUCUUCAUUAAUAACCCUCAUUUCUAACCCUCCAAGCCAACCGAUCCGGUUACUAGCCCCAAACAUAUCUCCCGAGCCCCUGGUACUCUGCACAGAAAACGCAUUGAAUUUUUCGGAGUGCGAUUUAACGGCUGCAUUUGCUGCUACAGAUUCUGCAAACUCUCUCUCCCGGUCCCUUGACCCGGCUCUGAAUCUACCCGGCCACGUGUUUCUCUCUGAUCAAAUAGCGAUGUCAGAAGUGCCAUUCACGCCCACUGUAACUUUAAACAAUUCCCUCAUCAACUCGUACAACAUUACCAGCAACGCAGUGUUGAUAGAGUGCACAAUAGCUCUUGAAGCCCCAGGCAGUAUAGUCCCCGCUGCAGUUAGCUUACAGGAAACCACUGCUGAGCCUCCAGCACCUACACACAUGGUUGUUAAUCACUUAGAACAGCAACAGAUCGUUUCAGUGCCCAACCCUCAAACUGUGGACCCCACCAUUCUUAUGUCCUCCUUUGCAGAAUCGCUAACUCCAUCCACCACCACCUCAGCGAUGUCCGAUUGUCCUGCUGUGGGUGAAUCAAGUCCUGACCCGGAGCUUGUUGUCAAUGCAGAGCCAGCAACCAUAAAAGAGGAAGAAGCUGCUGACAGCCCUGUUUCCAUACCCGAAAUCUCACCGAAAACCCCACCGCCUUCAGAGAAAGCUCCAGAGGACGGAUCCUCAAACGGCGCACCGAGCGGUGCCCACCAGCAGACGUUCACCAAGAACUUCGUCUGCAAUGUGUGCGACAGGCUUUUUCAUUCAAUGAAAGAGCUGGGCCAUCACGUGGGGGACCAUGCCGAUGAAUGGCCGUACAAAUGCGAGUUCUGCGUGCUGCUCUUCAGCAAACCCUCCGCGCUGCUCGAUCAUCGAUCGAGCCUCCACGGUGUCGGCAAGAGUUAUGUCUGCAGCACGUGUACCAAAGAGUUUGUCUAUCUUUGUAAUCUGAAACAGCAUCAGGAGGAGUUGCAUCCCGGCCAGCAGUGUACCUACACGGAAGAGGAGAAGGGUAAACUGAGACCUCAGAACUACAAUAACUCGAUAAAAGUCACCACGGAGCCGCCAGUGCCUGAUGCUGCAGGGGAGCCCAAGAAACCGGUGAAAAAGGAAGACAAUGAGGUGGAUGUGGCUGCUGAAGAACUGUUCACAACGAUAAAAAUCAUGGCCUCAGAUGGAGCCAAAGUCGAGGGGCCCGAUGUCCGUCUUGGCAUUAACCAACACUAUCCCAGCUAUAAGCCCCCUCCGUUUCCUUACCACAACAGAUCACCCGCCGGCUCAGUGGCUUCAGCCACAAACUUCACCACCCACAACAUCCCACAAACCUUUACGACGGCCAUCCGCUGCACCAAGUGUGGAAAGAGCUUUGAUAACAUGCCCGAGUUACACAAGCACAUCCUGGCUUGUGCCAAUGCCAGCGAUAAAAGGAGAUACACGCCCAAGAGGAAUCCCAUCCCGCUGCGCCACUUUGCAAAAACUCAAAACGGAGUUCUGUCUACCACCAACACGACGAACGGACUGAACGCUUCGAACAGACCCAGUCAGUCCAACCGGUCCAAACCUAGCCAAGAAUCGCCGGUGAGCGUGAAGUUCAAGGUGCUGGACAAAAGGAAGAAGAAGUUGGUCCAGAGGGUCAUGCCGCAGAGGAACAAAUCGGCCCCGUCGUCAAAUAAAAUGUCACGUCCGCACGUGGAUGAGCAGCAAGAGAUCUUCGUCUGCCCGCACUGUAGCAGGGAGUUCACCAUGCGUCGCAGCAGAACCAAACACAUGGCCGUCUGCCCCAAGAAGCCUAAAGAGGUGAAGAAAAGGAAGGAUGGAGGCAUCUCUGUUACGAAGGAAAACGACGGACACCUGCACAGAAGGGCGGAAGACAAACAGCAAGCGUCGCCUCAGCAUAAAACAAGACUCCAGAGUUCUGUGCCUGCUAAAAGGCCCGCCAUCCUCCCAGUGCAGACCGUCUUCUCAAGCAAAAGAAGUAAAAUAAUCAUAAAAGAGAGCACGCAGCCAAAACAGGAGACGCCCACACUGAACGAACUCCCCAUUGUUCGCACUUUCAACCCCUCUAUGCGCCAGUACGGCAGAGUGCAGCACAGCGUCAAAGGACUCCCCAUUAAGAUCUCCAUAGUGAAACCGCAGCAGGCCGCACCACAGAGGGACGAGCUGCUUCCCGCCCAGAGCCGGGAGCAGGCAAGCGGAGCCGCCACCAGCAGCUCGGGGCAGAGUCCCACCGCCUAAAGACUUCCCAGCAGCCCACCAGCGAUCAUCAGGACCCUGCUGUGUUGGAGCUGCUCAUGCACUCUCGUGUCAUCGUGAUACUGAACUGUUAAUCACACUGCAGACCCCACGGACCCGGUUUGCAUCAUGCUGUACAAUAAAUGAAGACGGAUGACUAAGGAUACUGCAGUGAGUGGAGGCAUUCAACUGAGUAUUUGAAUGCAUUUUGUAGUAGCUUUGGAGUUUUUUUUCUUUUUAUAUAUAUUUCUCCUUCAUUUCAUAAAAUGUCUGUCAACAGCUUGGAUUUGCACUUUGAAGUUUAUCUGACUGCUACAUGUCACAAAUUGGGAAGGAAGUGGGAGGAAUUGAGCUGGAAGGCUGCUCUCAUUUCCUACUUUGAGUUUUUUUUAUUUUCAGAGAGGAUAGCAGGUGGCAAUCAUUCUCAGCAUGCAUUUGCACUUUUUCUUCUCUGUUGUCUGUGUCCUUUUGGUUUAAACUCUUCCUGCAUGCUUGUGCUACAGCUACAUUUAAUUGGGAUGGUUAUGUUGUUAAACUCCGACGUUGGUCUAAUUGACAAUAAGUGGCGUGAAUACGUGGAAGAUACGUCUAGAUUACUUCUAAACUACGGGAUCAUAGAAAAGUAACACACCGCAUAGCAGUGGUUCUCAACCUGGAGGAAACAAAUUGAGUAAAGUAAUAAUAAAAUAGCAUAUUUCAGACUGGAGAAUGUUUGUUUAUAUAUUGCCUGUACCGGCGAUAUAUAUAUAUAUAUAUAUAUAUAUUUUGCCUCGGAUUACAUUUUAUUGAGUGUGUUUGUGAGAGUGGGUCUGACUGGGGGAUUGCUGAGCAGUCAAAUGGAGGGAAAAGUCACGGAAAGCAUGAAAAAGCCACAGUGCCUGGAGCACAGUGGACAAUGAUUCGUUGCAAGCUGUUCCAACUAAAGCAACGAUUGCCCGCACCAGAGCAAUCCCAGCAGAGGGAGGUCGUGGCCCACGAGAACCACUGCUCAACAACACCGUGUAGCUCUGGAUAUCACAGGAUGUCACCGCUCUUGAUUACUAUUAGAAAGGUCCGUGUUUUCACCAUCGGUGUGAAUGUAACAUUGGUAGAUUUAAUGCGUCAGCCUUUGCAAAUCAAAUUUGUAUAUAAUCUGGUUGUCUCAGUUGCUAUGUAUUAGUAUGAAUGUUUUGAGAAUACUUCUCUCUAUGUGCCAUCCAAUGUAUAUAGUAUGACUAAAUGUGGCAUCAAGGGGAACACCAAUAAACUAGUUUGGCGUUCCCCCUCACAUGGAUUUUAUUUUGAUGGCCCACCAACAUAUAUUUAUUCUUUUGUCUCGGUGUGCUGAACUGCAGGCUGCUCAUGAACAAAGCAUUGGUGUGCUAUCACCUUUUAUUAAAGGGCUUCCCUCUGGAGCCUAAUCCCACAUGUUGGAGUUGAGUUUAUAGGCAAACACAAAUACUUUUUCAACUUUUGGGGAAACAGUUUGAUGUAAUUUCACAGAUACAGAAGUACUGUGCAAUCUGAAUAGCUUGGAUGCAUCAUCGCCAAUUUUACAAUAAUAAGAGUUUAUUUCUGAGCAGCGUUGGAACUCCUGCUUGGCCUCACUGCACUUCCUCUGAAAUCCUGACAUAUGUACAGUAGCCCAGUUCGCUUACAGGCUUCAUUUUGCACCUGUUUCAAAAAACUCUUGUCACAAAAUAUAAUUUUGUGUUUUUUGUUGUUUUUUUUUUCCUUCAAAAAAUAUAAAUUGUCAAAUUAGAAAAACAUUCUGUUUGGGUCUCUGUUGUGCGUAGCGCUCAAGCCUUUUGUCAUUGGUUGUGUGAAGUGUGUUUAAUAGAUUCCACAUGUACAGUACGAAUCACAGAAUGGAAAUGUAACGCUGGAACCCUGUAGUGACGUAUGGAAACGUUUGUGGCGAGUUGUCACUAAUCUCAGAGUGAGUGUGAUGAAUUGUAUCUGUUUGAUUUUUAUAAGCUACUAGUUUGAAGAGCUGGUGCUAUACAGGGUACUUAUUUCCUUAUGAUUAUCAUUAUGUUAAUUUUGGCAAACUAAAACUUGACAAUGGCCUGUAAUUGAGAGAGAGAAACAAUAAUGGUACCUCCUAUUUUACAUUUUGCCUUUUCAACCCUCACUGGUAAAGUCUGCUUCGUGCAGACGGACGGACUGCAACGUGUUGGAUGUACAGGACGGUUUUGGGGAGACUGUUAUUUAACUGUGAAAAGUGCUUGUAGCAUUUCAAAGUGUAAAUUGAGUCGUGUAUAUUUAUUAAUAAUUUAAAAUCAUGUAAUCAAUAUCUGAACAGUUCCUCUGUAUGAUUUGCACUAAAGUCUUUCUUAAAGAGUGUGUUUAAAAUAAAUAGACAAUGUUAAGAUUA